AUUUCCGGUCGGAAUACUGCCUCCACUCCCCGGUAUUUCCCGUGUUUUCCUGCAGGAUACGGUGAUUUUUCCCGCAUUUUCCUACCGGAUCCUGCAGUAUCCGGUGGCCGGAAUGAUCGACCUGGGUUCUUAUAUUUAUUAACACAACAGUUUAUUGUGAUUCAAUUGAAUAGAAUAUCCUCUAUCUUUUACAUUCAACUAUUCCUUUGAUAAUUAUAUAUUGAUGGUCUAAAACCAUAAUUACUUAUUAAGGAGUGUCGGUUAGAAAAGUAUUUCUAACGAAUUAUUGUCAAAUAGAUACAAUAAAUACAAAAGCAACUGAAGCAAUAUUUCGAAUUGAUAAAUUUUUUUUGCAGAUAAAUACAUUCCAAUGCAAAUGUACUGUUCUAUUGCUAAAUGUCGCAUGAGAACACCUUAAUUAAUUUCAUAUUUGAAUGAAUAAUAAAUUAAUCCAUUGUUUGCAUCUUAUAUGCUCUAAAGAACGUUACAAUAUAUACAUAUAUAUAUGAACAAUAAAAAAAUUUUGACCUAUAUGUUUACAGUAGUAUUAAACACAUCUAUUCUAUGUGUAUAGUAUUUGUACAUAUAUACUUAUUAUGUUUUUUGAAUAUAAUUAAUCCAUGUUCUCUUUUCAUAUUUAUUGAACAAGAUAUAACGAGCAUUAAAAAAAUGUACAUGUAGAAUCAUUUCAAUAUAUCCAUUUAAUAUCUUGCAUAUUUGUAUAAAAAUUUUAGUUCGUUAUAUUCUAGAUUAUUUUAAACUGUUUGUGGAUUCAACAUGUUCCAGUCCAGACCAAGUGCCUGAUGAAAAUCAUUGUAACUCUGAAAAUACUGCUAUUACAGAUGCUGAUAUUGAAGAGCUUAAAAGUCUUUUACCGUGUUCUAAACAAACUUCAACUGAUUAUGAAUUACGAUUAAAAAAAGCGUGUCAAAAACUUUUACAGCAUCCUUGCAGUAUUAUUUCAACGUUAUCUUUAGUCAAAAAAAUUGAUCAAGAUGCAGCAAAUUUACUUGUAGAUGAAUGUUUAUUACUGUUCAUUGAUGAUUUGUUUAAAGCUGAUAGUCAUCUGGAUCUCGAAGGCUAUAUUAAAUACAUACCAGAUACUAUAAAUUUAAUAUUUAUUAACCGCCUACUUCAUUAUGAAGUAGAUCCAACAUUAUAUUUU